UUCGCACACAACAUGUAGCUCCUGUUCCUGUCACUGUGGAUGAAAGUUAAUUAUGAAGAACUGCAUUAAGUCAUAAAUGAUCCUCUCCUUCCUGUCUCAACUGUCUCCCAGGACUGUAAUCCAGUCUUUGAGAUGGAGCGGCUGUCUUACACCGAACAGCUUUUGCUGCAGCUGAACCAGCAACGAUCUAAAGGACACUGGUGUGACGUGAUCAUUGUGGUAGAAAACGUUCUCUUCAGAGCCCACAAGAACGUCCUGGCAGCCUGCAGCAGCUACUUCAAAUGCCUCGUGCUGCAUGACAACCUCAUCACCCUGAACGCCGCCAUGGUGAAUCCUUUAGUGUUCAAACAGGUACUGGACUUUAUCUACACAGGUCAGCUGUCUACCUCUCACCAUGCUAGUGACCAGGGGGUGUCUGACCUCCUCAGAGCUGCGUCCUACCUGCAGCUGUCAGACUUAGCAGCUCUAUGUCGCAGAAAACUCUGCAGGUCCGGUAACUGGACAUCCUCCACCAUCAACGGCCACCUCCACCCAGGAUCUAUGGAGGUACAGCAGAGUCAUAAUCAGACGCUCCACAGGGAGGAUCUGUCCGAGGAGGAGCUUUUUACUGCACAGCAUGUGUCUGUUAACUCAUCAUCAGCAGUCGGCCUCAGUGGAAGUGUAGAAACAGGCCUGAGGCUAAAGCUGACCAGAAAGAGUCCGACUGGAAGCCUGCAGCAGAGCUCCCCACACUCCAGCAGCAAUUCAUCAGAUGACGUACCUUUUAACUCCAUCUCAGCUUUCUGUAACCAAAGAUCAGAGCACAGCGAGCAGCGGCACCCAACCUCAGACUCCCAGCAAACGGCAGCACACAAGAGGAACCGAUCCAGCAGCUGUUUGGAAGGAAGAGUGCAAACAAAGAGACAGGAAGUGGACAAUGGAGAGCUGGAAGAUCAAGCCGAGGUCAGUGAGGGAGAUUUGGUCCUAAAGGACGAGCUGAGAGAGAGCGGGAGUGAGGACGAGGAGCUUAAACCUGCCAGCUACAUCUACCACCAACUGCAGCCCGCGGUACAACCUGCUCUGCACGACACGUAUAUGUGCAUCCCCUGCGGGAGAGGCUUCCCAAGCUCCAAGCAGCUCAUCGCUCAUGUAGCCUCACACACCGCUGAGGAGCUGAGAAAGAAAAAUGAAGACGCAAAGGAGGACCAGGACACAAAAGAACCAAAACCAGAUGCGACCCGGCCUCGUCACACCUGCUCGGUCUGCAGUCAGAGCUACGCUGACGUGGCUUUGCUGACGCAGCACGAGAGGAGCCACUGGCCGACCAGGCCGUUCUCCUGCGACGUCUGCGGGAAGCUGUUCACGCAGAGGGGCACCAUGACGCGGCACAUGCGCAGCCACCUCGGGCUCAAGCCCUUCGCGUGUGAGGAGUGCGGCAUGCGCUUUACGCGGCAGUACCGCAAGAUGGAGCACAUGCGGAUUCACACAGGGGAGAAGCCUUACGAGUGUCUGCUCUGCGGAGUGAAGUUCACCCAGCAUCGGAGCAUCAUCAGCCAUUUAAAGAUACACACAGUGGUCUCAGUGUAG